AUGCCUGCCGGAUCAUGGAUCAGGACCAGGCCGGGUCGCCGAUUCCGACUAGACUCGACAUUGGCAAUGGAUGAGCGCCCAACCCUUGUCUGGUUUUGGAAUGAUCUCCGCCUGAGGGAUCAUGCUGCGCUACGCUGCGCCGCCGAGCGAGGGCCGGUUCUACCGGUGUUCGUGCUUGAUGAUCGAGCCGCCGCAGGGCGUGCGCUCGGGGCCGCUAGUCGUGGGUGGUUGCACCAUAGCCUUUGUUCUCUGAGUUCAGAUAUCUCCAGCCGGGGUGGGCAGCUGAUCCUGCGUUAUGGCGAUACGCUUAAGCUGCUGGCCAGCGUUGCCGCUGAGGUCGAUGCCCAAGCACUGGUCUUUCACAAGCCAAUGAGCCUUGGAUGGCUGCGCUACAACAACGCGUAUAUGACGGACUGCGGUCUCGCCUCGAGACACCGUGUCGGAGACGCCACGCCAAAAGCCGCCCCGGCCAAUGCGCAAUGGUGGGCCGGCCGUGUUGAGUCCGACGUGCUCACUGACUGGGGCCUGCUGCCUGCGGAGCCCGACUGGUCGAGCGGAUUAAAGCAAGCCUGGUACCCUGGCGAAAAGGGGGCUAGAAAGCGGCUCCGUAUCUUCGUCAACCAGGUGGCUGACGACUACCCCCACGGCGGGGACCGACCUGAUCUUGCUGGCACUUCACUAAGCACCGGCGACUUGCGCGAAGAUGCCGGUUGGUCUUUCCUGCGUGAGUUGGGCUGGCGGGAGUUCUCGUACCACUUGUUGGCACAUUUUCCGACUCUCGAUCGAGCGAAUUUUAAGUCCUCGUUUGAUCACUUUCCCUGGCGCCAGCACUCGCAAGAGCUGGCGCUGUGGCAGCGAGCUGGCAAUGGAUCGCCGGCAGCGGAGCUGACGCCGCACGCCUACUUCCGUAUCUUCAACCCGAUAAAGCAAGGGGAAAGGUUCGACCCCAAUGGUGACUACGUUAGACAAUGGGUGCCGGAGCUUGCUGCGCUGCCGAAUCGGUACCUCAACAAGCCCUGGGAAUCGCCAGCCGAGGUCUUGCAGGCCGCCGGUGUCGUUCUGGGCAAGACCUACCCUAGCCCCAUCGUUGAUCACCGCGCGGCCCGUGAAAGGGCUCUGGCGGCCUAUCAGCAAAUCAGAUCGAAUCGCUAA